CAAAAGCUGGGCCGCGUCUGGAUUGUUCUCUUCUCUUCCUUCUUGACAUAAAACGACAACAGCUCUUACUCACGACUGCACAUCCCCCUCCCUGCCUCUUUUCCUCCCGCUUUCUAAUCCCCUUUAACCAUCGACCUUUUUCUAUCAGGAAAGCGCCGACCUUCCAUCAAACCCCAGCUUUUUUGUGCUCUUUCCCGUUCCUCUCUUCCGCGAAUCCACAAAGCAACGAUGCGGUUCUCUGUGCCGUCUGUCGCGGUCCUCGGCAGCACCCUGCUCGCCUGCAGCGCACUGGCAAUCAACCCGCUGGUCAUCAAGGGAGCCAAGUGGUUCGACAGCAAAACCGGCGAGCAGUUCUUUGCCAAGGGCGUCGACUACCAGCCCGACAUUAUCGAGACAUCGCAGACCCGCGACCCGCUUGCAAGCAAAGACGCGUGUGACCGCGACCUGCCGUUCCUGAAGGACCUGGGUGUCAACGCCAUCCGCGUCUACCAGACCGAGCCGUACAACAACCACGACUACUGCAUGAAGGCGCUGGCCGACGCCGGCAUCUACGUGAUGCUCGACCUGAGCACGCCCACCAAGACCAUCAACCGCGACUCGCCCGCCUACGACGCAGACUUGCUCGGCUACUACUAUCAGAAGGUCGAUGCAUUUGGCGGCUACGACAAUGUGAUGGGAUUCCUGGCCGGCAACGAGGUGGCCAAUGCCCCCAACAACACCGACUCGGCGGCCUACGUCAAGGCGGCACUGCGCGACGUCAGAGCGUAUAUUAAGAAGAAGGGGCUCUCGAUCCCCGUCGGAUACGCAACCAACGACGAUGCGGAUAUCCGCUGGCAGCAGCAGACCUACUUUGACUGCAACAGCAAGGACGAGCAGGCCGAGUUCUACGGUCUGAACAUCUACUCGUGGUGCGGCGAGGACAGCAGCUACACCAUCUCGGGCUACGACAUCGUCGUCAAAAACUUCACCAACUGGGACGUGCCUGUGAUGCUGACCGAGUACGGUUGCAACACCAUCCGCCCACGCACCUUCCCGGAGAUUGCUGCGAUUUACGGCUCCAACAUGACUGGGGUGUUCUCGGGCGGCUUUGUCUACGAGUAUGUCGAGGAGGACAACAAGUACGGCCUCGUCACCGUCAGCGGCACCAAGGGCACAAAGACCCAGGACUAUGACAACUUCAAAAAGGCCCUCAAGGCAACCAGCCCCAAGGGUGUCACCAUGAGCAGCUACUCAAGCAGCGCCAAGUUGCAGAGCUGCCCGUCAGUCGGCAUGAGCAACAGCUGGAUGGCGAGCUCGACCCUGCCGCCCACCCCCAACAACGCGACCUGCGCAUGCAUGAUGAAGACGCUGUCGUGCGUGUCCAAGGACACUUCGGCACCCACCGACUUGGACAAACUAACCACCUGGAGUUCCACUGUCGGCGAUAUCUUCAGCUACGUGUGUGCCUCAAUUGACUGCUCGGCCAUCAACGGCAACGGCACCACUGGCAAGUACGGUAACUAUGCUGGCUGCGACACCAUCCAGCGCGUGUCAUGGGCGCUCAACGCGUACUACCAGUCAGAUAACAAGAAGUCGACCUCGUGCAAUUUCGAUGGCUUUGCAAAGGUUGUCACCCCGUCGUCGUCGAGCGACUCAAAGUGUGCCAACUCGACUGAUGACUCGUCGUCUGGCUCAUCAUCAAGCGGAAACAGCAGCAGUGGCAGCAAGAGCAACAGCAAGAGUUCGGAUGCAGUCAACAACUUUUCGUCAUUCACUGCUCUGACAACAGUCGCCAUCGUUGCGGUAGCUGCCAUUUCCUUCUAGCUGACUCGUUUCUGAAAUUUAGCACUCAAUAUUUCUCUCUUUUCCCUGUUUACACACCAGCCAUAUUGCCAUUAGGUUAAACCCGUAUGCUAUUUAGGCGAGGAAUACUGGAACAAGAAUAACAAAUGUAAGAGCAACGCGAUCUACCAUGCAGGCAAGAUGCUUGCAAGAUGUAAAUGUAGACAAAUUUCGCAACAUUAUUUAGACGAGCC